CAUUCAACCAAUCGCAGCUUCUGUUCUUACACGGUUGUCUUACACGACCAAUCAUCGCUCUAGUCAAAACUGACGCAAUUCUGUAGUUAGUUUGUUUGGUUGAGAGAAAGGUCGAAACAUUUUGCACGUAAAGGACGGCGUCUUUUCUUGGCCAACUGAAGGACGGUUACCGCACACUUUUAUUACUCAACUACGCCGAGCUACAUCACCACAGACAGCUGACCAUGUUUAGCCUACUCUUCUACUCUUCUUUAGUCCAGUAAUCCUCUGACUCAGUCAGCCUUGUCUGUCUCUUGGGCAAUAAAUCAUCUGAGAAAUUGAGAGCUUUCCAUCUUUCGCUUGCAUCGCACACUCGCUUUGACAGUGUUAAAUGAAGACGCUCAUCAUGGCAGUUUUGGCGCACCUGUACCCAGCUGUGUUUUUCGCCUGCGCGUGGAUGUCACUGUUCGGAUUCGGACCGAUUUCAUGUCACAGUGGCGUUAUACAGCAGAUAAACGAGCGGGACCGAGAGCUUGACAGCCGCGGUGGGCAUGUCAUUGGCAGAGAUGAAACGCUUAUCUCGGCGCACAGCCGCGGAGAUUACAGCGGGGACCCGGGCGGACCGGCCAUGGGAGUUCCCCGAGUCCGGAGGGCAUCGACUCCGGAGAAAGUCUCUCUACUCAGCAGCUCUUUCGUCCUUAAAGGGGAUGCCACCCACAACCAGGCAAUGGUCCACUGGACGGGUGAAAAUAGCAGUGUCAUCCUCAUUCUCACUAAAUAUUUCCAUGCAGACUCCAACAAAGUUCUUGAGAGUUCCGUCUGGAGAUCCAGUGAUUAUGGGUCAACCUACACCAAGCUCAACCUGAUGCCAGGCACAACCAUCAUAGUCACAAACUUCUACAUUUGUCCCACCAACAAGAAAAAGGUGAUCUUGGUGAGCUCCAGCAUCAAUGAACGUGAUCAGAUGCUCUUCAUCAGCACAGAUGAGGGUUCAUCCUUUCAACGGCAGCCUGUCUCCUUCACCGUGGAAACACUCCUCUUCCAUCCAUCUGAGGAAGACAAACUUUUGGCUUACAGCAAGGAGGCAAAGCUGUACAUCUCCACCGAUCUGGGUCACAAAUGGACUCUGCUACAGGAGCGUGUUACUAAAGACAGAGUUUUCUGGGCUGUGACGGGGGUGGAUGUGGAUCCUGAUUUGGUUCAUAUGGAGAUUCAAGACAUCGGCGGUGGAUACCUUUAUGUGACGUGUCUCAUCCAAAACUGCUCUGAUAAAAUGGUGACAGCACAGUUCUUGGGGAAGAUUGAUCACACUUCCCUCUCAGUGCAAGAUGAAUACAUAUUUGUUAAGGUAACUACAGGAAAUCGCACCAAGUAUUAUGUCUCAUACCGGAGGAAUGAAUUUGUUCAAAUGAGAUUCCCUAAAUACUCUCUUCCAAAGGAUGUGCAAAUCGUGAGUACAGAUGAGAAUCAGGUAUUCCUGGCUCUUCAGGAGUGGUAUCAGACAGACACGUACAACCUCUACCAGUCAGAUCAUCAGGGUGUCUAUUACUCCAUCGUGUUGGAGAACGUCCGCAGCACUAAGCAGCCUGAAGAGAAUGUCCUCAUCGACAUCCUGGAGGUUCGUGGCAUCAAGGGUGUAUUCUUAGCCAAUCAAAAAGUAGAUGGAAAAGUGACAACUCUUAUCACCUACAACAAAGGCAGAGACUGGGAACCACUGGCUCCUCCUACAACUGAUAUGAACGGCAAACCUGUCAGUUGCAAGCAGCCUGACUGUCAUCUCCAUCUCCACUUGCGCUGGGCUGACAACCCGUACGUAUCUGGAACCGUCCACACUAAAGAUUCUGCCCCAGGCCUCAUAAUGGGUGCAGGUAACCUUGGGUCUCAACUAGUUGAAUAUAAAGAAGAGAUGUAUAUCACCUCAGACUGUGGCAAGACCUGGAGACAGGUUUUCGAAGAAGAGCAUCACAUUCUCUAUCUGGAUCAUGGCGGUGUCAUUGUGGCCAUUAAGGACACUUCAAUCCCUUUAAAAAUACUCAAAUUCAGCAUAGAUGAGGGACAAACAUGGAGCGUCCACAACUUCACCAGCACAUCAGUGUUUGUGGAUGGACUUUUGAGUGAACCUGGAGAUGAGACACUGGUUAUGACGGUAUUUGGCCACAUAAGUUACCGUUCGGAUUGGGAGCUGGUGAAGGUGGAUUUCCGUCAAUCGUUUCCCAGACAGUGCACAGAAGCUGAUUAUGACUGCUGGAAACUCACUGACCUACAGGGAGAGAAAUGCAUCAUGGGCCAGGAACGAUUGUACAGGAGGAGGAAAGAGACAUCGUUCUGCAUUAAAGGGAAGAGCUAUACAUCAGCUCUAACCGCUAACCCUUGCCAGUGCUCAGAGAAAGACUUUGCCUGCGACUACGGCUUUGAGCGAGCUCCCAGCCUCAGGUUAGAGGGGGAUCGCUGCUAUCCUGACUUUUGGCAUGAUCCUGACGCUCCACCUGAAAACUGCCAUUUAGGACACAGCUAUAAGUCCAGCACAGGUUACCGGAAGGUCAUCGCUAAUGUUUGUGAGGGUGGCUUGAAUAAAGAACAGAGCGCAAAGCAGCAUUCCUGCCCUCUGCUGCCCCCUAAAGGCCUGCAGCUGGGCAUCAAAGGACAGAUGUUGGCCGUGGCACCUGGUGAUGACAUCACCUUUAUAGUGCAUCAGGAACAGGGUGACACCAUCAGCACCAGAUAUCAGGUAGAUUUAAUGGAUGGGGUCAGGGCUAUAUAUGAAAACCUGACUGUCAUCGACGAACCCAUUCAGCACCGCUAUGAGAAGCCAGGUGUUUACCGUGUGAAUGUGAAGGCUGAAAACUCUGCUGGACACGACCAAGCCUCACUUUACAUUCAGGUCACAGAUCCUCUACAGGAUGUCCAUCUGCAGGUGGUCCCGAUCGCUGGCAGAAAUCAAGAAGUAAAUCUCACAGCUAUAGUGCAGCCCCCCGAGGCAAACCUUACCGUGUUUUACUGGUGGAUUGGAGAUAACCUUCAGCCAAAGCUGACCCUGGAGAACAGCCUGAUUACAAGGUUCUCUGAGGAGGGAGAAGUUCCUGUGACAGUUCAGGCUUCUAAUGGUCGCUCCAUGGUGCAGGACAGCAAGACUGUCAUUGUUUACGAUCAUUUCCAGGUCAUACCAUUGAGUUUCAGUCGCAAUUUGGACCGCUUUAACCCAAACAUCCCUGAAUGGAGACAAGAUGUGGGACAAGUCGUAACCACAAUUCUUGCUAAGCUCGCGGGGGUUCCUCAGGACACUUUGGUUACCAUGGUAAAGCCUGGUCUUCCCACCACUGCAGACCUGUAUGUUCUGCCUCCAGUCAGCACACCAGUGAAGAGGAGUGUGUUUGUGGAUAAGCGUGUUCCCACCAUAAAGCAGGUUCUGAGUGAGAACAAUGUGAGCUUCAUUGUGAGAGGAGGGUUACGUGUGUUGGUGACUCUGGCAUCCUCUGAUUCAGCCACACAAAUGCCUUCAUCCACACAAGGUUCUCGUCUGGCCGCAGCAGGUCCAGGUGUUUGGGCUCUCGCUGUUUUUCUCCUCAUAAGCUUGAUCUCUGCUGCAGCAUUCAUACUCUUCAAGUUUAAAAGGAAAAACUACAAAAACCAUGGUUCCUUGCUGAGGCCAGAGGAGAGCAGCCUAACGCGUCCCUGGCUGCGUUUCAGAAAACUGCCAGGGCGAAACGUCUACGCCCAGAUGCACAAUGAGAAGGAGCAGGAAAUGACCAGCCCUGUCAAUCACAGUGAGGACACGCAGAAUAUCAUUCAAGACGAGGAGUUCAUUGAUGACGACCUUGACUCGCAGACACUAGGUAACACUGGAGGCAACCACUCAGGAGUGGUGUUGAGCAUAAACUCAAGGGAGCUGCACAGUUACCUGACCAGCUGAUGACCAAUGUGGAGGUGCCAGUGAUGAGCACAAUAGACUAUGCCUUCCUCUUCUCUCCAGAUCUGACCCUUCAGAAGAGAGAGCAGAGACACACCUGCACCAAACCUUCUCCUCCUCUCUGUAUCUUCUGUCUUUUCCAGCCUCCGUUCCCUCAUUCCAGGUGGAUUUUGCAGCCAUCUGCCGAUGACCCCAUACACUCACAUAUAUUUCCUGUCUGACUGUCGAUGUGCGCACCCUGCCUCUCAUUUGCUCUUAUCACGGGAGCACUUACUAAUGCCCAGGGAGAAACUUGUUGACAAAUGCUUUCAUAUUUUUCACUGGCUUGUUUGUGUCCUCCUGUUUUUUUUUCUCUUUCGUUCUAAUUUGUGUUUUCUGAGUCUCUCAGGCCACUGAGUUGUCGUGGUCACUGUAAAACUCAGAUGAGACUGAAAGGUGAGUGAAGGCCAUGCAGAUGUGCUGCAAUGCACAUAGAGCAGGAUAUGAUACACAUUUAAUUCAGGGGAAGCAAUGUUUGUUAGAUAUAGCCAAAGGGACACUUAAGAUAUUCUCAAUCACCUUCUUUUUAUUCUGUUGUAAACAGAAAUUUAAUUUGAACCCAUAACUUUUCAUAUGCAAUAACACAUCUUUUGCUUUAAUCAAUAACAAAAUUUAUUAUUUUGCCCUGUUUCGUGGAUAUGCUAUGCAGUAAAGUCAUUUUUGUCUGUCUAAUUUGAUUCUGCAACAUGUUAGUCAUAUAUCAUUAAUAGCUAUGGUGAAAUUAGUCAUUGCGAUGAUGAUCAAUAACUGAUUACUUUGCCCAAGAAAUGCAGACAAACAUGUUUUGCCUUUUUUAGCAGGCAAAUAACGUCUAGAAUUAUGUUUAAAAUGCAGGUGCAAAAAAUGAGAUACAAUUUACUGCCGAAUCAGCACAGCUAGAGUCAGUGUUGCCGGGAAAACCUGCACCAUUUAUCAGGGUCGUGUUGCCUGGAUGCCAGCCCGAACCCCGCCCACAACAUUUUUUGGUCGGGAAGGUCGGUCAGGAGUAAUUAUGAUCGGUUCAGAAAUCGCAAUGAAAAACCGCAAUAAAAACCAUGUGGUUGUUUUGGUUUCUCCUUUAGUCGUACUCAUGGGGGACCAAGUAGAAGAAGCAACACUCAUUAUUUUACUACUACUUCCAGCGUGCGAGCAGUUGAGUUCUGUUGACAACUAGCAUGCUCAACAUGCGUCACUUACUGCGUUCAUCUAAUUGGUUGUAGGUCUAUCCAAUUGAGUGCAGAGUUUGUUCGCUUUUCCUGGUUCGGUUAAGGCACGCCUCAUAAUCCUAUGGAGCAGUAGGUGAAAAACAGUAUGUGACAAAAGUAUGUCCGAAUUCACAGUUAUCAUAAAAGAUAAAUUAAAAAGUACCCGGGUAACACUUCUUAUGGCGAGAUUGGCCCUGUCCCAAAUGACACACUUCAUAUUUUGUACUUUCAGUCUUGAGGACUAACAAUGGUUGCCACGUGUGUGUCUGUUAAAUCAAUGAGACCAUAGUGUGUACCAUUUGUCAUUUAACCACUUAACUGUCACCGUCCCACAGGUGGGACGUUUGCCACUAUAUUUUUAAAACAAUAAUAUCUCAGU